GCAGCAUCUGUGAAGCAUCCUGGGAACCUGGUCACGGGGCCUGGGUCCUCAGUCAGGCUCAUUAGUCAGCCAUUUUGGUCAACACCCUGCUUGCUGUGCACAGCCAAUCCUGUUGGAACUCAGCAUCCUGGCUCAUCGGAGCAGAGCCUGGAAGUGAUUUCUGCAGUCUCAAAUUUUUUUUCAAAGCUAAUUGAAAAUACGGGUUUAUUUUUCAUUCAUUUUUUUCCUUUGGUGUUUUUUUUCUGCACCAAUAUAGAGGAUUUUUUCACUUAUUCAUGCCAAGGCCAAUUUUUUUAAAGCCAGCUAAGGUAGCAUUGGCUGUGCUGGAUUGAAAGCUCCGCUGAGAAAAAGGGUAGGGAAGGGAAGAUAGAGGGAGAGGACACUGGGAGAAGAUCGUCAUCAUCUGUUUUGCUGCGUGGUAGGAACUGUCAGUGAGGAAAGAUAGGGUAGAAUUUUCUCUCUUGAGCACUUGCUUCCAUACAGUGUUUUGCUUUGUGGUGUCUUUAAACCUCCCCACCCCUUUUCCUGAAAGCUUUAUUUCAGAGCUUUGGAUUUGGCUUUUUUUUUUGUGAGGAGUUCUUAUUUAGAGAGAGAGAGAGAGAGAGAGAGAGAGAGAGAGAGAGAGAGAGAGAGUGUGUGUGUGUGUGUGUGUGUGUGUGCGCGCGCGCGUGUGUUGUGGUCCCAGCUGAGUCAUCAUGUCUGCUCUGACGCCUCCCACUGAUAUGCCAACCCCCACCACUGACAAGAUCACACAGGCUGCCAUGGAGACCAUCUACCUUUGCAAAUUCCGAGUGUCUAUGGAUGGAGAAUGGCUCUGCCUUCGAGAGCUGGAUGACAUCUCACUCACACCUGACCCAGAGCCUACCCACGAAGACCCUAAUUAUCUCAUGGCUAACGAGCGCAUGAACCUGAUGAACAUGGCCAAGCUGAGUAUCAAGGGCUUGAUUGAAUCAGCUCUGAACCUGGGCAGGACUCUGGACUCUGAUUACGCACCCCUGCAGCAGUUCUUCGUGGUGAUGGAACACUGUCUGAAGCACGGCUUGAGAGCCAAGAAAACUUUUCUUGGACAAAAUAAAUCCUUCUGGGGACCUCUAGAACUGGUAGAGAAACUUGUUCCAGAAGCUGCAGAGAUAACAGCAAGUGUUAAAGACCUUCCAGGACUGAAGACACCAGUAGGCAGAGGAAGAGCCUGGCUUCGUUUGGCAUUAAUGCAAAAGAAACUUUCAGAAUAUAUGAAAGCUCUGAUCAAUAAAAAGGAACUUCUCAGUGAGUUCUAUGAACCAAACGCUCUUAUGAUGGAGGAAGAAGGAGCUAUAAUUGCUGGCCUGUUGGUGGGGCUGAAUGUCAUUGAUGCUAAUUUCUGCAUGAAAGGAGAAGAUCUGGACUCUCAGGUUGGAGUUAUCGACUUUUCCAUGUAUCUCAAGGAUGGGAACAGCAGUAAAGGCAGUGAAGGGGAUGGUCAGAUUACUGCAAUUCUGGACCAGAAGAACUAUGUGGAAGAACUCAACAGACAUCUGAAUGCUACAGUAAAUAACCUUCAGGCAAAAGUAGAUACAUUAGAAAAAUCCAACACUAAACUGACAGAGGAGCUUGCAGUUGCAAACAACAGGAUUAUUACCUUGCAAGAAGAAAUGGAACGAGUUAAAGAAGAAAGCGCCUACAUACUGGAAUCCAAUCGGAAAGGUCCUAAGCAAGACAGAACUGCUGAUGGGCAAGCACUGAGUGAAGCAAGAAAACAUUUAAAGGAGGAGACACAGUUACGAUUGGAUGUGGAGAGGGAGCUGGAACUCCAGAUCAGCAUGCGGCAGGAGAUGGAGCUGGCCAUGAAGAUGCUGGAGAAGGACGUCUGUGAGAAGCAGGAGGCGCUGGUAUCUCUGAGGCAGCAGCUGGACGACCUCAGGGCCCUCAAGCACGAACUGGCCUUUAAGCUACAGAGUUCAGACUUAGGAGUAAAACAGAAAAGUGAACUAAACAGUCGUUUGGAAGAGAAGACUAAUCAGAUGGCUGCUACCAUUAAACAACUGGAACAAAGAUUGCGCCAGGCUGAGCAAGGCCGCCAGUCUGCGGAGUUGGACAACCGGCUCUUCAAACAGGACUUCGGGGACAAGAUCAACAGUCUGCAGCUGGAAGUGGAGGAGCUGACCCGGCAGCGGAACCAGCUUGAGGUAGAACUAAAACAGGAAAGAGAAAGAAGAUUACUGAACAAUAGGAGCCUGCCAGGAAAGAGUUCGCACGAGCUGGACCCCAACUCGGAUGAGAGGCACAAAAUUCAAGAGGAAAAUGUUAAACUAAAAAAGCCCCUGGAAGAAAGUCCCAGGCUGCAGUCUCACCCUACAGAUGAACAGGGUCAGCUGCUGCUCUGCGGGAAGCCCCAGAUGUGUCAGCUGUGCCAGGAUGGCAGCCCAAAUAAUGUGUGUAAGGACUGCAGAGGGACCUUCUGCAGAGCCUGCACCGCAGAAGUGCUGCCUCUCCCUGACAGUGUCCAGCCCAUGUGCCUCAGAAACCCCUGUCACAAGCUGCUCACACAGGAGUGUUCCAGCAGCCCAUCCUAAGGCUGGCAGCCAGGACCAUCUUUCUCCUGCUCUCAGGAUCCCUAACACCCAUCCUCAGAGUCCACAGAGCUGACAGGGAUGACUUCAUAAACCAGGUCCAGAGAGGAAGGCAUCCUUGGGGUGCUGAAAGUUGUGUGCAUUUUCCCUAAUGACUAGCUCAAUGAAAGUUCUGGACUGAGCCUUUCUUUUCGAUAUCAAAACAAACACAAUGUGCAGGGCUUAGUUGGAAGGGCUACUUUUAUGAACAGUGAUGGUAACACUGGGGUUGAUGUACUACAAUAUGUCCAAGCAGACAGGAAUCAGGCUGGAGACAUAGCUUAGUGUAAGGCGCUUGUAUAGCAUGUAGGAGGCCUGGGUUUCCUCCCUUGGGGAAAGAUCAAAGUAGAGACGAAAAUGAGGUGCUGCUAUAUGUAAACAUUAUUUCCUCUUCACCCCCAUAACUACCUCUUAAAGUACCUCUGCCAAACUGUGAAUCCACACUCAGGGAGAAGAAAGUAAAGAGUAAUAUAAAUCUGAAUGUAUUAAGAAUAGUGUAAUAGAAUUUCAGGACCAGAAUUUGCUGGUCUUGGCCUACAAGUAUUUCAUUAGCAGAACAGGAAAGAACUUGUAUUUUUCUCCUUAUGGCUUCAAACCUGAGUCUCUGCCCCUUCCAGAAUCCUCGACUACAAAAAAGCCAUCGCUCUUCCCCAGACCCCCAGGUCAUGAUGGGAAUUUAUAAGGAGUUCAGAAGGAAGUUUGUCUUCUACAAGUAAGAAGUGCUGAUGAAACCAAAGUUAAGUCAGGUGUGGAGCACAGUAAGUUGAAUUUGUUGAUGGCUGAGAACAGUAGCUCAGUAUGUAUUAAGUGGUUCCUUGAAUGAAAAAUUCUUUAUUUUGAGCUAAGAGUCAGAGCUGGUUGACAGGUUGUUUUGGAAAGGAUAACACUCAGACAUCUCUCAGUAAGAAAUCCUUUGGGAACAUGGUGUGUUCAGGGCACUUCAGAAAUGGUAAAUGCUGUCUUGAUUAUGUUACCAGUGUCUGGGUUGUUUGGUUCCAAUUAGGACCUUAAGAAGAUACAACUUCAUAACUGGUUUAGAAAUUGGGAUAUAAAUACCCUAGAGCGACCGGGGAUUUAGCUCAGUGGUUCCACCGCCUGCCUCAUAAAUACCCUAGAGCAUCAUAUUAUUUGGUAAAAUGGUUAAACCUGUGAAAAGCUUGUUCUGUAAGUCUGGCCUGUUACUUGAAGCUAAAGUUUUAAGAGUACUAAGGGAAAAUAAAUUAGUAAUUCUGACCUAA